UACUCGUCAACGGUUUCGAACGGUAUAACUCGUAGAGUCCUCUGUGAGCGAGUUUGCAGUAUCUUGCCUUUAUUUUUCGUUGCUGUUAUAUUAAUGAUUUAAGCCAAUAACUAUGCCACAGCAGAGAUUUGGCGGUUGCUUUGUCAAAUGGUUCUAUCUGGUGCUGAUUGUGCAGACCUUUUUGUGCAUUGGCCAUCUUGAGUGUCGCCAGCAACACAAUCGCAACAACAACAACAACAACAACAACAAUAGUAACAAUAACAACAACAAUAGACGAGGAGAUUCGGCCAGCUCGGAGGAGACGCACAACAACAACAAUAACGGCUACGACGAUGGCAUUGAUAAUCUUGGGGACAACGACAACAACGGUAUUGCGACCGGGCCAGGGACAGGAACGGGGACGGGGACGGGGACGGGGUCACAUGGCCAUCGACGUAAUCCGCGCAAGAAACAGCAGGGCAACAGCCACAACAACAACAAUCACAACAAUCACAACAAUCGACACAAUCGCAUGGAGGAAGCAGGCAUCUCGCUGUGGAUCAACGAGCAGCAGCUCAAAAUGCUGAGCGCGCUGUACUUUCCGCAGGGCUACUCGGAUCGCAUCUAUGCCAUUCACAAUGGUCGGGUGACGAACGAGAUGCGCGACACGACCGUGUACAACUAUCUGGUGAUACCGUCGGAAGUGAACUAUGUGAACUUCACGUGGAAGUCGGGCAGACGCAAGUAUUUCUACGAUUUCGAUCGGUUGCAAACGAUGGACGAGAGCAUUCUGAAGGCGCCGACGCUCUCCAUCAAUAAGAGCGGUCGCAUACCGCAGGAGCAGAAAAAUUUUAGCAUAUUCCUGCCCUGCACCGGAAACAGCUCGGGCACCGCAUCCUUCAAUGUGGGCCUAAAGAUACAGACUCGCAAGAAUAAACCAUUGCCGGGCACACCCAUCCGUCUCAACUUCAAAAAGGAAUGCGCACAUAGAGGUGUGUAUGAUAUAGACGCUUCCAACCCUACUUCACUAACAACUUUGCAAGCUCCCGAUCCAGAAUGCAGUUUGAAAUGUGGCAAAAACGGUUAUUGCAAUGAGCAACACAUUUGCAAAUGCAAAGUGGGAUACACUGGCCAGUACUGUGAGACGGCCUUCUGUUUUCCGCAAUGUCUGAACGGUGGCAAUUGUACGGCGCCAUCGGUCUGCACCUGCCCGGAGGGCUAUCAGGGCACACAGUGCGAGGGCGGUAUUUGCAAGGAGAAGUGCUUGAAUGGCGGCAAAUGCAUACAAAAGGACAAAUGCCAGUGCUCCAAGGGAUAUUAUGGCCUGCACUGUGAAUACUCCAAAUGCGUAAUUCCCUGUAAAAACGGUGGCCGCUGCAUUGGUAACAAUUUGUGCCGCUGUCCAAACGGACUGCGCGGCGAUCAUUGCGAGAUUGGACGGAAGCAGCGAUCCACCUGCAAGUGCAGCAAUGGCCACUGCCUGGGCAACAAAGAGUGCCGUUGCCAGGAUGGCUAUCAAGGACGCCAUUGUCGACGUCGUAAGUGCCACAGUCCAAAAUACCCUUUCAAAUGUAUGCAACGGGCAGAAGGGAGCACGAAGAAGAAGAUAAAGAGCUCUGAUACGCUAUGGCCAAGUGCAUGGCAUGGUGUAAUAUGAGCUAUUUUGAGGCUUUCCAAAUCGUGCGCACUGAACGCUAGCGCUGGGCCCAAAAUGGAAGCGCGUACCUAAAAAUGUGAAAUGUAAACAUACACAUUGAAAAAAAAAAACAAAAAACAAAAUCAACAACUAGCUUGGGCUCGUAGCAUCAAAACAAUUAUACUAUUUAAAAAUUAAAUGGACAGAAAACAAAAUAAUACUAAUUGU